AUGUCUCAGAUCCGAUCGACUGGAAUCAAGAGUCCCAUCUAUGAACAGACACCCAAGAGUGCCCCUGUUUCGGCUGGCCGGCAAACCUUCCCGACAUCAGGAGCUCUUGGGCCUCAGACCUGGACUCAUCCCGAUUCUUUAAGAGACGAUUCCCCGAGCAGCAAUUCGGAUGUUACCAGAUUGCUCGGUGGUGAUGAUAUUGCAUCCAUUCCGCUCAAUGGUGAUACCUAUUACACCGUCUCAACCCCCUGUUCCUUGCGCGUGGUGAACAUUAUCACCUUCCACGCACAAUUCUCUCAUGACUUGUACCGCUUCUUCAUGUACCGACUGUUGAAGCAUUUGCGGAGUGAAAUGGACACGCUGAGGUCCUUCUUUGAUUGGAUCUGGCCAAUCGACACCCAGCAUCGUUCUUUGCAGCCAGUCCAGGAACCAAUGGGCCUUGACACACCUCGGAUUUCCCUCGGACACCUCUUUUCCGAAGCCAUCUACGGCAACGACGUCGACAUCCCACUGUACUAUUUCAACAUUGUACAAGGCAGGGAUAACGCGGUCAAAGUAGUCAUCACCACGUCGAAGACCGGGGCUGCAGGUGCAGCAUACUAUCAGGCUGUUUGUGGAUUUUCAACCGUGGCGAUCUUCGCCAUCUGUCAGAGAGCAUUGAGAAGAUGUCGAGAGGCAGAUUCUAUCUUAUUCAGGAGAGCUCUGACCGUGACUGAGGCGAACGAAUUUCUUGACAAGGAUCCAGUGUGGUUUGGGCUUCUGGUUUCUUUUCGUCGAAUGGCUCUAUCAGCGCUUAGAUUUGGAAUCUACUCCUACCCAUUCUCUUCCUGGUACAAAUCCCAACACCAAAUAAAAACAGACCAAACUAACCAACCCACAGUCAUCGCCUGGGCGAGAACCACAACGCUCUACCUCCCGCUGCCAGUUUCCCUCUCAGCAACAACGACAAUCCUACCCAUCCUAACCCCGAUCCUCCUCUUCCUCGCCAAAUUCCUCUCCAACCCACCCACAACAGGCACCAACACCCCGACCUUCCGGAACCGCUUCGUCGCCUCUGUAAUCUCCUACCUCCUCACAAUCCUCCCCUCCGGCCUCGCCACUCUGGCCCUAACCUACCUCUUCGCCCCGGACCUCCUCGUUUGCCAACUCAACAACCAAUGGCAAUCCUACUACCACAACAAGGAUUCGCGCGCCAUACGCGCCAUCCAGGAUAGCUUGCACUGCUGUGGAUUCCGGAGUGUCAAGGACAGGGCAUGGCCGUUCAAGGACAAAAGCCACGGCGACGAUGCCUGUGUGCGGCAGAUCGGGUAUGACAGGGCCUGUUUGGGACCGUGGGAGCGGGAGGAUAAGAGCGCCGCGUGGAUGGUGUUCUGGGCUGCAGUUUUGGUUUUGGUUGUUAACGUAUUUGGAUGCGGAGGGCGGAUGCGAGUCGCUUUAUUAGGAUUGCUGGUGCAGAGGACCAGGAGGAGGGUGAGGCGCAUGCAGGGGAGAAUGGAAACGUGGGUGAUGAUCGGCCUACUCAUCAGUUGCCCCAGCCAGGUCAGUCGACGCAUGAUGUUUGGAGAUGAUGCAUACUGUACUUGA